CCAUUAACAAUCCAUAUUUUCAUGAAAAAGUCAACCUUUAUCAUUUGCAUGGCUGCGUUGGCGUUAGCUAACUUAAUGCCGCCGUCUUCUGUUCUUCCACCUGAGGUCGGCGGUAGUUCAGCAAUUGCAAACAUUUAGAUUUAACUGAAUUAAGUACUGAGAGGCGAAUCAAAUUAAUACCGAAUUUACAAUUAGUUGGUCACGUUUCAUGACACAUUUACAGCAACGUUUUAGGAAGUGUUUUUCGUUUUCACUGUAGCUUGCCGUCUUGAUAUUGCUAGAUUUGUAAUGGACUUUGGCAUGUCUCAUGCCCACAUCAAAUCUGACCUGAUUUCGAGUGUUUGAAGAGCGUGUGUACUCCUAAUCCUCCUGGAUUAACUAGUAGGCUACAUAAAACCUUACUGUAGGCGUUCAACGGAGUUAGACACCGAUAUUUAAGACGUGGUAAAAUCAGUAAUUGCCUGCUUUACAACUUUAACAAUGUUCAAGUGUAUUUUCAGACCAGCAGUGAUUCUCCAGUUAGCUAUUAUUUUGAUGCUAAUUAUGAGCGUUCAGAUCGUCUCUUCCUGUGAUAUCUUCACGUUUCUGAGAAUGGGGAAUUUUACAUCCUCCACAGCUCUGUCCAGCACAUCCUGUGUACAGUAUGUUCGGGAGAUGGUGUCCCAGAACUGUGUUGUGAUAUUUUCCAAGACCACCUGUCCUUAUUGCAAAAUGGCCAAGAACGUGUUCAAUGAAAUUGGUGCGAACUACAAAGUGAUUGAACUGGACGAGCACAAUGACGGGAGGAGACUGCAAGAGGCCUUAGCUCAGAUGACCGGCGCCAGAACGGUGCCGAGAGUCUUCAUUAAUGGAAACUGCAUCGGAGGUGGUUCUGAUACCAAACAACUCCAUCAACAGGGAAGGUUGCUGCCCCUGAUCCAACAGUGUGCUCCCUGCUGCGCGACCAGCUCCGACGGCUCGGGCAGCGGACAGUUCGAGUCCGCUAAAUGACUAACCGUUCUUGUAGUUUUUGUCAAUCCUGUAUUCAUCAAGUGUUUGCUUGAUCUCGUGCUACAAGUUGAACAUUGCUUGAGCGUGUCUAUGUUAUUUAUUUAUCAAAGUACAUUGGAUACUUGAUCUUGGGCUAUGUACAUUUCCAUCCAAGGAUGUAAAAAAUUGUUGUUGUUAUUAUUAUUAUUAUUAUUAUUAUUAUUAUUAUUAUUAUUAAAGCUGCCACCUUUUAAACAAAACCUGUGAAUAGAGGAACUACUGUUUAUCUGCAUGGUUGUAUUAUUGAACAAUAUUACAGUCAUAAAAAGCACGAUCUCUCUCAGAAUCAAGCAUCAUCAAACUGUGAACGACAUAGGAUUGCGAUGCCUUGACAGUUUAAUUGUAUAUCUUCUCUGAGUGUAUCUCAGGUCAUUGUUUAUAUGAUUUAGGAUUAAAAGAACUACAGCUGUU